AUGCUGCCCACAGUGGAGGAGACUCGGGGUUACGACUUCCAGGACCCGGAGAAUGCGGAGAAAUGGAAGGGCUUCUUCAUCAGCUCCCUCCGCAAGGUGUUGGAGUCGGUCCACCCGACGCUGACAGCGGACGAAGCUGCUCUGGAGUUCGUAGAGUCUCUGUGUCUUCGUUUACUGGGCAUGCUGUGCGCGCCGCCCGCGCCUCUCAGUGUGGCAGAUGGAGAGGAGAGGGUCGCGCGCAGCUUCCCCACGCCGCUGGACCGGUGGGCCCUCACUGAGGCGAGGGAGGCGGCCGGAGCCAGGAGGAAGAAGCUGCUGCUGCCCUUGGACAGGCUGCAUCUGUUGCUGCAGAAGGAGGUGCUGCUGUACAAGAUCGACAUGUCGGUGACCACGUUCAUGACGGUCAUCCUAGAGUUCAUCAGUACCGACAUCCUGCGGCUGGCCGGCAACUUCGUGAAGAAGAUCUCACAGAAGAGCGGCUACCAGGUCAUCACGUGCAGCGACAUCAAGACGGCCAUGUGCGCUGAUAAGGUCCUCAUCGACAUGUUCUACCAGGACUCGGAGCUAGCCAGCAUCGCGGCCCUACCGGCCUUUAACACGAGCGAGAGAGGCAGACGGGCGUCUCUGUCAUACGGAGACCUGGUGCGGGACCUGCUGGCGGACGAGCGGACCUUCCUCCGGGACCUCAACCUGAUGAUAAGGGUGUUCAAGGAGGAGCUGGAGAAGAUCGUGGAUGAUAACAAGGUUAUAUCUCUAAUAUUCGGCAACAUAGUGGACAUAUACGAGCUGACGGUGACGCUGCUGGGGAACCUCGAGGACGCCAUGGAGAUGUCACAGGACACGCUCACUCCCUACAUAGGGAGCUGCUUUGAAGAGCUGGCGGAGGUGGAGGAGUUCCGUGCGUUCGUCCGUUACGCCAACAUCGUCACCAGGAGAGAGUCGAGGGACGCGCUGGCAGCAUUAGUAGACGACCCACAGCUGGGCGAGCGGCUGGAGACUGCCGGUCACGGGUUCCGGCUGGCCGUGAAGUACUGCCUGCCGCGGCUGCUGCUGUCCCCCGUGGCGCACGUGUUCGUGUAUCACUCGUACGUGCUCGCCAUGCUGCCCCUCGCGCCCGCCAGCGACGACCGGGAGAGCUUCAAACAGGUUGAGUGCAAUCUACAUCCAAUAGAGAAAUUACUAACGAGAGCCUUGGGCAAUGGACCACAGCUAGAGGGCGCCAUGAGGUCUGCGUCCCGAGCCCGCCGUAAGCUCGCCAUAGACAAGUGUAACGAGCUGGCGAGGCUGGUCGACAACUGGGACGCGCGGGACGUGCCGCAGUGCUGCAACGAGUUUAUUAGAGAGGACACUCUCACCAAGCUGGGUCCGGGCAAGCGCGUCGCUGAGAGGAGAGCUUUUUUAUUCGACGGACUACUGCUGCUCUGUAAACCAGUCACUAGCCUGGUAACAGUGAACAGCGGGGUGACGGCCGGCCCGCCGCAGUUGAAGUUAAAGGAGAAGCUGCACAUACGGAAACUGGACAUAGUGGACCGACCCGACGGAGAGGAGGGUCGUAACUUAAUGGAGCUGUGUCCGCGCGUGGGUCCGCCCGUGGUGCUAGCGGCCUCCUCCCCUGCUGAGAAGAGAUGCUGGAUGAGUGACCUCGUGAUACUCAACACGAAACCUAUGUUGGACAGGAGCCUCGACAGCAUCCUCCUGGACCUGGAGCGGCGCCACCCGCUGCGCCUGCCGAGCCCCGCGCUGUACAGGUUCGCGGAGCCCGACGGACCUCACAACAUACUGCUGGAGCACGGACACGGACCCGCGCCGCUCAUUAAGGGCGCGACCCUGUUGAAGCUAGUGGAGCGUCUCACGUACCACGUGCACGCGGACCUCAACCUGGUGCGGACCUUCCUCACCACCUACCGCUCCUUCUGUUCACCGAGCGAGCUGCUCGCGCUGCUCAUCGAGAGGUUCGACAUACCUGAACCGCACCUCGUGUACGACGCGCCGAGACCAGCGGACUGUGUGGAGAUCUCUGCGACCAGCGACGCGGAGAAGCUGAGCAAGAACACGGCCCGCGAGGACUGGAAGAGAUACAGGAAGGAGUUCCAACAACCGGUCAAGUUCAGAGUAAUAAACGUGCUCCGUCACUGGGUGGACCAACACUUCUACGACUUCGAGCGUGAGCCUGAACUGCUCGCCAAGCUGAAGAGCUUCCUGGAGGCUGUGGACGGGAAGCCCAUGAGGAAGUGGGUGCAGAGUGUGCUCAAGACCGUCCAGAGAAAGAGCGGCCAGCAGUCAGACAACGAGUCCCUCUGCAGCGUGUCUUCGGGCGUGUCAUACGUGUUCGACCGUCUCCCGCCGGCGCCCCUGCGGCACGUGGCGGAGCCCGAGCGUCACGACUGGCACCCGCUGGCGCUGCACCCGCUGGAGGUGGCCCGACAACUGACGCUGCUGGAGUUCCAGCUGUACAGACAGGUGAAGCCUUCGGAGCUGGUGGGCGCGGCGUGGACCAAGAAGGACAAGGAGAAGUCCAGCCCCAACCUGUUCAGGAUCAGCAAGAACACUACCAAUUUCACUCGCUGGAUAGAGAAGUGGAUAGUGGAGAGUGAGAACGUGGAGGAGCGGGCUGGCGUGCUGUCCUGGGGGCUCGAGCUGGCCGUGGCGCUCAGCGACCUCAACAACUUUAACGGGGUGUUCGCUGUGGUGGCCGCCUGCGAGUCGGCCGCCGUCUACAGGCUCAAGAACACCUUCCAGAUGCUGCCCCCUCGGCUGCUGCGCGCGCUGGACCAGUUCCGGGAGCUGAGCUCGGACCACUUCCGGCUGUACCAGGAGCGGCUGAGGAGCAUCAACCCGCCCUGCGUGCCCUUCGUGGGCGUCUACCUCACUAAGAUACUGCACAUUGAGGAGGGCAACCCCGACUUCCUGUCCAACACGGAGCUGAUCAACUUCUCCAAGCGGCGCAUGGUGGCGGAGAUCACGGGCGAGAUCCAGCAGUACCAGAACCAGCCCUACUGUCUGACGCUGGAGCCGAGGACCAGGGCGUUCCUGGAGAACCUAGACCCGUUCCCCGGCAUGGAUGAUAAUGAAGUCACCAACUACCUGUACGCCAAGAGCAAGGAGAUAGAACCCAAGGGAGCAGUCAAACAGACACACAAGUUUCCCCGUCGUUACCCCGAGCUGUCAGUGAAGCCGGUGAAGGUGUCCCGCCGCCGACACGACACGUCCUCCACCACGCUGUCAUCUACUAACUCACUCGUCAGCCUCGACGGAGCACUCAGUGUAUCUCAACUAUCUCCUACGAGCAGCGCCUGGGACGGAGCUAGUGUUGCCUCUCUGCCGCUACAUGCACACGAUCAGGGUAGGGAGGAACGCUCGGUGACCAGCCCGCGCCUGGAGCGAGCCAGCUCCAGCUCGCUGGCGCAGCUCGGACAGCUGAGUCUGCUGGACAAGCUGUUCGAUAAGAACAAGUCCGCCGCCACGCUGCACAGGAACAGCGGCUCCACCAAGGACGACCCGCCCUCGCCGCGGGACAACCACUCACCCAAACGUCGCCCGGCGCUGUCUCCGCGCGGCGCGCUCGUGGAGACGGACAUGUACCAGAACAGACGACGGACGGACGUACAGGAGCGCGUCCCGCCGCUGCUGCCUCGCGGGGGGGCGGAGCCCGAGGCGCCGCCCGUACUCCCGAGGAGACCGCCCUCACCACACACAGCGUCCACGGAGCCGCCCCCGGAGCCUCCCGACCGACCGCUGCCGAGCCCCAAGCAUCACGACCUGUUCAGGAGCCCCGCGCUGUCCCCGGCCGCCCCGCCCGCGCCCAGCCCCAUGAUGAUAGACAGGGCGGCCUUCAGCUUCCCCUCGGCCACGUCUCCCGGACAUAUACCUGCGGAGACCGUGCCCCCUCCCCUGCCGCCGCGGAGGAGAAGAGACUCUGCCGCGCCUCACACGCCGCACCCGCGAACUAAUCUGUGUUAUAUGUUCCAGCCGUCGUGCGGCGAGUGUCCUCCCCCUCCCCCCGCGCUGCCGCCCCGCCCGCCGCCGCCGCCCGAGCUGCUGCGGCCCGCGCACUCCGCCCUGCUGCAGAGGAGGCACACGGCCGCGUUAGCUCCAAAACUCCCGCCGAAGCCCGCCGCUGCCGCCGUCGCCCCGCGGACAUAG